AUGCAAACAACAGCGGCAUCAAUGGCGGCCCCGCCAGCUUUCUGCCGCCUGCUCUCUCACUUGCAGCGCCGCGCUCUCCCAACUCUCCGACAUUCAAUCUUCCCCAAAUUCUCAAAUCCACUUCACAGAAAACUAACCCACCUCUUUUCUACCUUCCACAACCCUAUUAACAGUCCUCGGCCUCUUGCCACGUUUAAAGCUGCUAAAGGCAAGUCUAUACCGCUCUUCAAUUCUGUAGAAAACACCUUGGUACUCAAGAAAGACGAGAGAUUGGGAAAUGGAGAAGUGAACUCGGCGGAGCAAGUUAUUAGUUCGAGUAGUACAAUUGCAGCUAUAGUGACUUCAUUGGGUGGGCCGCCAGGUGCGGUGGGGAUUGUCCGGUUAUCUGGCCCUUCGGCGGUUUCUAUUGCUGGGCAGAUUUUUCGACCCAUGUCGAGAAAGAGGAAAAAAGGCUCUAGUUGGUGGCUUAACAGCCAUGUUGUUGAGUAUGGUGUGGUUUUGGAUUCAAAUGGCAGCGUAGUUGAUGAGGUUUUGGUGGUUCCAAUGCUGGGGCCAAAAUCUUAUACUCGUGAAGAUGUGGUUGAACUUCAGUGUCAUGGCAGUGAAGUGUGCUUGCGUCGUGUCCUGGGGGCUUGCCUAGAUGCUGGGGCGAGGCUUGCCGAACCAGGUGAAUUCACUCUCCGUGCCUUUUUAAACGGCCGUUUAGAUCUCUCUCAAGCUGAAAAUGUGGAAAAACUUAUAUCAGCUAAGUCAAUGGCCGCUGCAGAUGCUGCGUUGGCAGGAAUUCAGGGAGGUUUUUCUUCUUUGGUGAAAUCAUUAAGAGCUCAGUGCAUUGAGUUGCUUACAGAGAUUGAAGCUCGUCUAGAUUUUGAUGACGAGAUGCCUACCCUCGACCUCAAUCUGGUCACUGAAAAAAUAAACAAGAUGUUGCUAGAAGUAGAUAAUGCUUUGGAAACUGCAAAUUAUGACAAGCUUCUGCAAUCUGGUGUACAGAUAGCAAUUGUUGGCCGACCAAAUGUUGGGAAAUCAAGCCUUCUUAAUGCAUGGAGCAAAAGUGAGAGAGCAAUAGUUACCAACAUUGCUGGCACAACACGUGAUAUUGUGGAGGCUAAUAUUAGUGUUGCUGGGAUUCCCGUCACACUUCUCGAUACAGCAGGAAUUAGAGACACGGAUGAUCUUGUCGAGAAAAUAGGUGUUGAAAGGUCUGAAGCAGUAGCCACGAGCGCGGAUGUCAUUGUCAUGACUGUUAGUGCAGCCGAUGGGUGGACUUUAGAGGACGAGAAGCUUCUGGAAAGAAUUCAAAGCAAUAAGAGUGCAUCAUCAUCAAACUCUCCGGUUGUUCUGGUGGUCAACAAAGUGGACUGCGCCACGUCAUCACGUGAAUGGGUUGACAAAAUGUCCAGCUCGUUCGACAAUCAUGUUUUCACGUGUGCAUUGUCUGGUCAAGGGAUUUCGGAUUUAGAGUCUUUAAUAGUAGAGCUCGUUGGUCUGAAUAAAAUCCCUGCUGGCGGCCGAACAUGGACUGUUAACCAGAGACAAUGUGAGCAACUUGUUCGAUCAAGAGAAGCUUUCGAGAGGCUGCUUUCGUCAAUAGAGAAAGAGAUGCCCCUCGAUUUUUGGACAAUCGACCUCAGAGAAGCUGUUUUGGCCCUCGGCCAAAUAAGCGGAGAGGACAUCUCGGAGGAAGUUCUGUCGAACAUAUUUGGCAAAUUCUGUAUAGGGAAAUAA